CACGACGGGCGGAGCUGCUCGCCCCCGGCCCGGGGUGAGCUCUCCCUAGAGCAGCGGGACGCGCGGGUGCCGGGCGCGGCCAUGCGGGACCCGGGCCCGACCCCGACCCUGAGCGCGAGCGCGCCCGCGACCCUGACCGCGACCCCCGGUGUGGCGCGGCUCCCUCGGCGGAGGCGGCGGGCGCGGGGCGCGCUCUGAGACCCGGGGGAUGCGCGGCUGCCCCGACCAUGGGUGCCGCCGCCUCCAGAAGGAGGGCGCUGAGGAGCGAGGCCAUGUCCUCGGUAGCGGCCAAAGUGCGAGCAGCCCGAGCAUUCGGAGAGUACCUGUCCCAGAGUCACCCUGAGAACCGCAACGGCGCAGACCACCUGCUAGCUGAUGCCUACUCUGGCCACGACGGGUCCCCCGAGAUGCAGCCAGUCCCCCAGAACAAGCGUCGCCUUUCCCUCAUCUCCAACGGUCGCUAUGAAGGCAGCCUCUCAGAGGAGGCCUGUGGAGGGGAGCUGGCUGGUGAGGGCCCUCAGCCCCGUGUGUAUACGAUCUCCGGGGAGCCAACUCUGCUCCCCAGCCCCAAGGCCGAGGCCAUCGAGCUGGCUGUGGUGAAGGGGCGGGGCCCACGGGAGCGGCACCAUCACCAUCACAGCCAGCCCUUGAAAGCCAGCCCCGGUGGCAGCCACGAGGAUGUCAGCAGGCCCUGCCAGAGCUGGGCGGGCAGCCGCCAAGGUUCCAAGGAGUGUCCUGGAUGUGCUCAGCUAGCCUCCGGCCCCUCCCCUCAGCCCUUUGGGCUGGACCAGCCACCUCUGCCCGAUGCCUCUGGCCGCCGCAAGAAGCUGGAAAGGAUGUACAGUGUUGAUCGAGUGUCUGAUGAUGUCCCCAUCCGUACCUGGUUCCCCAAGGAAAACCUUUUCAGCUUCCAGACAGCAACCACAACUAUGCAAGCGGUGUUUAGGGGCUACGCAGAGAGGAAACGCCGGAAACGGGAGAAUGAUUCCGCGUCUGUAAUCCAGAGGAACUUCCGCAAACACCUGCGCAUGGUCGGCAGCCGGAGGGUGAAGGCCCAGACGUUCGCUGAGCGGCGCGAGCGGAGCUUCAGCCGGUCCUGGAGCGACCCCACCCCCAUGAAAGCCGACACUUCCCACGACUCCCGAGACAGCAGUGACCUGCAGAGCUCCCACUGCACACUGGACGAGGCCUUUGAGGACCUGGACUGGGACACUGAGAAGGGUCUGGAAGCCAUGGCCUGCAACACUGAAGGCUUUGUGCCACCCAAGGUCAUGCUGAUUUCCUCCAAGGUGCCCAGGGCUGAGUACAUCCCCACCAUCAUCCGCAGGGAUGACCCCUCCAUCAUCCCCAUCCUCUAUGACCACGAGCACGCAACCUUUGAGGACAUCCUGGAGGAGAUAGAGAAGAAACUAAACAUCUACCACAAGGGUGCCAAGAUCUGGAAGAUGCUGAUUUUCUGCCAGGGAGGCCCUGGACACCUCUACUUGCUCAAGAACAAGGUGGCCACCUUUGCCAAAGUGGAGAAGGAAGAAGACAUGAUCCACUUCUGGAAGCGGUUGAGCCGCUUGAUGAGCAAAGUGAACCCAGAGCCGAACAUCGUCCACAUCAUGGGCUGCUACAUUCUGGGGAACCCCAACGGGGAGAAGCUGUUCCGGAACCUCAGGACCCUCAUGACUCCUUACAGGGUCACCUUUGAGUCCCCACUGGAGUUGUCAGCCCAAGGGAAGCAGAUGAUCGAAACCUACUUUGACUUCCGGCUGUACCGCCUGUGGAAGAGUCGUCAGCACUCGAAGCUGCUGGACUUGGAUGAAGUCCUGUGAGGACCAGGGCUGCUGCCCAGUCACCACCAGGCCACUUUCUCUGGACCAGGGACUUGGGGCUGGGCUGCCUCCUCCCCCAGACCACUCAGUCCUGGUCUUGCCCGGCCGCUUCAGGGCACCUCAGACGUUCUCAGGUUCUCCCGCGGGGUCUGGUUCUCACUGCGCUGAUGGGGCAUGAUGGCCCCAGUGCCUGGGGAGGCCAGUGGAUGGGCAGUGGCCAGGCACUGACCUGCCCAUGCCUCGCUCGGAGGCUGCAGCCCUGGGAAUCCAUCCGCGGGGUCUAUAGAAAUAAGUGCAAUUUCCUACACCUGAAACAAUUCAAAGGGAAGCAGUGUUACUAGUUAGCUAGUCAAGUACUGUGCUGCUAGUUACAGCAUAGGCAACCGGCCCAGCCGCCCAGUGUGUGUUCUGGACCCUCUGCCCCUCCCCCCAGCCCUGCCAUAUUUGAUCACCAGCACCAGGGUGGCCGUCCAUGGGGGGCCGGUCUGAGCCACCAGCCUGGCUCUGUCCACGCCGGCCAAGUCUGUGCUUUCACUCCUCCCACCACCCCAGCCUGCUUACUCUGACCUCAGCCGGCACUGGACCCAGCAGGGGCGGCCUGGGCAGCAAAAAAGGAAGGGCAGAGCCUCCCCCUCCUCUCAGAGGCUGCGCUGGGCUACAGCCCGCUGCCCAUCUCUCCGAGCCCACGCAACACUUUCAGCGCUGCCCAUCAGGAGGCCUCAUCCCUGCUCAGAGGUUUGGGGGCUCAGCAGCUUGGCAGGCCCCCGAAAGCAGGAAGCUCAGUAGGUGCGGCAAUGGGCCUCCCAGGCCUGAGCCAAGGGGCUGGCAGCAGACGGUGGGAGCUUCCCCACUUGGCAGGGGGCUCACAGCCUUUUCCAGGGUCUGGCAGGGUGGGCUCUUUUGUAUAUAGCUGGGGCUAGGGGGCAGGCCCCCCUUUUGCAGAGCCAGGGGUCUGAGGGCACUUGGCUAUGUCCCCAGCCAAAAGGGGCUGGGGGGGCUGGCUCUAAACAAUGUACGAUUAUCCCUAGUGAUCAUUAAACCUGACUCUCCCCUGCGGCUACCACCUGGGUCUGCCCUCUUUCAGUGCUCCUGGGGCCUCUCUGGGGCCAUGGAGUCAGACCGUUUUAGGGGCCACAAGUUGUGAGGGUGGGAUGGGGCUACUUGGGCUCCUAGUGGGUCUAGGAUAGGGAAGGGAUAGAGAAUGUGGUCCUAGCAAAAGACAGAGCCAGGUCUGCAGGAAAAAGCAGAGAUAGUCUGUCCUCUGCCACUUCACCCCCACUCUGGAUACCAUGCAAAGGGCUGUCCACCCCCUCAGCCCACCGUGUAUGGUCUGUGGUGUGGCCACAGCUGGAGACCAGGAAGUGACCACAGGGGCAGAUGAUCACAGCCUCAGUUCCAAGUCCAAAUUGCUGCUGGGCACAGCCAGGCCUGCCUCAGGUGGUUACUGUCCAGUCACUGGGGACAGCAGCAGCUGACAGCAGGACCUGCCUAAGGCCACCAGGGCAGCCACCUGUGUGCAUUAUGGGCAGAGCCUGGUCAGCCCAAGGUCAGGUGUGCUGGGCCCACGAGGGAAGCAGCCCCUCCCUAGGUGGUGGGCACCUCCAGGGCUUCCCAGGCUCCCAGCAAGGAGCUGAGGUUUCUACCCAACUUGAAUGUUUACUUUUAGGGAUUUACAUGAAAUACCAAAUGCUUUCAGCUCUAGUUACCUAUGCUGUUUGAAAGUGACACAUCAGAAGGUCACAUGUGAUACAGCAAUCUCUCCUGUAUCAUUCAUGAGACACAGUCACUGCCACCUACAAUCUGCUGACACAGAGUAGGUCGAGUUUCCGGACCACCAGGCUAUGUUUCUCAGAAGGCACAUUUGAGCUCUGGGCCUGGAACAGCCCGACUUUGGAUUGCCUCCUCUUCCUUCGCCUCACUUUAGCAGGGCCCCUGCAGUCUGGUGGGUUCUGGUGCGGCCUGGGGCUGGGGGAGGCGUGUCUUCCAGGUGGUUCACAGGCUCCAUUUCUCACGCCCAUAACCACUGUGGGGGAGAGGGGUGUGAUGGAAGGAGAGAUACUGAAACUGAGCACAAACUCCAAACCUGUAGACCAGGG